UGCCCCCGUUGGAGAGAUGGUUGAGUCCUCGUCAAGGUUGCUGUGGUAUCCCAGAAACACCAUUCACUCCGAGCUGUGACCGCGCACCAUCCACAGCAACAACUCCGCUGCGCCUGGCCGAGGAAUAGGAAUUGGGAGCUCGCAAGAAUAAUAUGAAAGGGAUCUGCAAAGGGGAAAUCCGUGCGAAGGAAGCGAAAUUAGCAGACUUUUGGGAAAGGGAAUGUUCUAAAUGUGGCCGGCUGGACUUCAUCCUGGUGAAGAAAAUGGAGAUUAAAAGUGGAUUUACAUUUUGGAACCUCAUCUUUUUAUUGAUGGUUUCGUGUGUGAAAGGAUUUAUUUAUACCUGUGGUGGAACUCUAAAAGGACUUAAUGGCACUAUAGAAAGCCCUGGCUUCCCGUAUGGAUAUCCAAAUGGUGCAAACUGUACUUGGGUUAUAAUAGCAGAAGAAAGAAACAGAAUACAGAUUGUCUUUCAAUCCUUUGCUCUAGAAGAGGAAUAUGAUUACUUAUCAUUAUAUGAUGGGCAUCCUCAUCCUGCUAACUUUAGGACAAGGUUGACUGGAUUUCAUCUUCCUCCACCUGUGACAAGUACAAAAUCUGUAUUUUCAUUACGCUUGACAAGUGACUUUGCAGUUAGUGCUCAUGGGUUUAAAGUUUACUAUGAAGAAUUACAGAGCAGCUCUUGUGGUAAUCCUGGAGUUCCACCAAAGGGUAUCUUGUAUGGUACAAGAUUUGAUGUUGGAGACAAAAUCCGAUACAGCUGUGUAACUGGAUACAUUUUGGAUGGCCAUCCUCAGCUUACCUGCAUAGCUAACUCUGUGAAUACAGCAUCAUGGGACUUCCCAGUUCCUAUUUGUCGAGCUGAGGAUGCUUGUGGAGGAACUAUGAGAGGAUCCAGUGGUAUCAUCUCCAGUCCCAAUUUUCCUAAUGAAUAUCAUAAUAAUGCAGAUUGCACAUGGACAAUUGUGGCAGAACCUGGUGAUACUAUCUCACUCAUAUUUACAGAUUUUCAGAUGGAAGAGAAAUAUGAUUACUUGGAAGUAGAAGGUUCAGAACCACCUACAAUAUGGCUCUCUGGAAUGAACAUACCUCCUCCAGUUAUCAGCAACAAAAACUGGCUCAGACUUCAUUUUGUAACAGACAGCAACCACCGAUACCGUGGAUUUAGUGCUCACUACCAAGUGAAAAAGGCCAUAGAUUUUAAAUCUAGAGGAUUUAAAUUGUUUCCAGGGAAAGACAACAGCAACAAGUUUUCUAUCUUAAAUGAGGGAGGUAUUAAACAGGCAUCCAAUUUGUGUCCAGAUCCUGGAGAACCAGAAAAUGGAAAACGGAUAGGCUCAGAUUUUAGCUUGGGAGCAACAGUACAGUUUUCCUGUGAUGAAGAUUAUGUGCUACAAGGUUCAAAAAGUAUCACCUGCCAGAGGAUAGCUGAAGUUUUUGCUGCAUGGAGUGAUCAUAGACCUGUGUGUAAAGUCAAGACUUGUGGAUCCAGUCUUCAGGGUCCUGGAGGCACUUUCACAUCACCUAAUUUUCCAUUCCAAUAUGACAGCAAUGCUCAGUGUGUGUGGGUCAUCACAGCUAUCAAUACUAAUAAGGUUAUUCAGAUAAAUUUUGAAGAAUUUGAUCUGGAGAUUGGCUAUGACACACUGACAAUCGGUGAUGGAGGAGAAGUGGGUGAUCCUAAAACUGUGCUUCAAGUGUUAACUGGGAGCUUUGUACCAGAUUUGAUUGUGAGCAUGAGCAAUCAGAUGUGGUUGCAUCUUCAAACGGAUGAAAGUGUGGGUUCAAUUGGUUUCAAGGUUAACUACAAAGAAAUUGAAAAGGAAAGCUGUGGGGAUCCUGGAACACCAUUAUAUGGUAUCAGAGAAGGGGAUGGAUUUUCCAACCGGGAUGUUUUAAGGUUUGAGUGUCAGUUUGGAUUUGAACUAAUCGGAGAGAAAUCUAUCGUUUGCCAAGAAAACAACCAGUGGUCUGCAAACAUACCAAUUUGUAUUUUUCCUUGCCUUUCUAAUUUCACUGCACCAAUGGGAACUGUUCUUUCACCUGAUUAUCCAGAGGGAUAUGGAAAUAAUUUAAACUGUAUCUGGACAAUAAUUUCAGAUCCAGGGAGCCGAAUCCAUCUCUCCUUUAAUGACUUUGAUUUGGAAUCUCAGUUUGACUUCCUUGCAGUUAAAGAUGGUGACUCUCCAGAUUCUCCAAUAAUAGGAACAUUUACUGGUGCAGAAGUUCCUUCUCACCUUACCAGUAAUGGACAUAUUUUGCGUCUGGAAUUUCAAGCUGACCAUUCAAUGUCGGGACGUGGAUUUAACAUUACUUAUAAUACAUUUGGACAUAAUGAAUGUCCUGACCCUGGAGUACCGAUCAAUGCUCGCCGUUUUGGUGACAACUUUCAGUUGGGGAGCUCAAUUUCUGUUAUCUGUGAGGAAGGAUUUAUUAAAACACAGGGAACUGAAACAAUUACUUGCAUGUUAAUGGAUGGAAAAGUAAUGUGGAGUGGACCUAUUCCAAAGUGUGGAGCUCCAUGUGGUGGCCAUUUUUCAUCUCCCAGUGGAGUAAUCCUCUCUCCAGGCUGGCCAGGGUAUUAUAAAGACUCCUUGAAUUGUGAGUGGGUGAUAGAAGCUGAACCAGGACACUCUAUCAAAAUUACAUUUGAAAGAUUUCAGACAGAACUGAAUUAUGAUGUUUUAGAAGUUCAUGAUGGACCAAAUCUAUUAUCACCACUUCUGGGAUCUUACAAUGGUACACAGGUCCCACAGUUCCUCUUCAGUAGUAGCAAUUUCAUUUAUCUUCUCUUUACUACUGAUAACAGUCGUUCCAACAAUGGAUUCAAGAUUCACUAUGAAAGUGUUACUGUUAAUACUUACUCUUGCUUGGAUCCUGGCAUACCUGUGCAUGGACGUCGUUAUGGACAUGACUUCUCUAUAGGUUCCACUGUCUCAUUUAGUUGUGAUCCAGGUUAUAGGCUCAGUCAUGAAGAGCCUUUGCUAUGUGAAAAAAACCACUGGUGGAGUCACCCUCUCCCAACUUGUGAUGCUUUAUGUGGUGGAGAUGUUAGAGGACCUAGUGGAACGAUUUUAUCUCCUGGUUACCCUGAACUAUAUCCAAAUUCACUGAAUUGUACAUGGACAGUGGAUGUCACCCAUGGAAAAGGGGUGCAGUUCACCUUUUACACGUUUCAUCUGGAGGAUCAUCAUGACUACUUGCUAAUAACAGAGAAUGGCAGUUUCACACAGCCAUUAGCACGUCUGACUGGCUCAGAACUUCCUUCACCAAUCAAUGCUGGUCUCUAUGGAAAUUUUAGGGCUCAGCUGCGCUUUAUUUCAGACUUUUCAAUAUCGUAUGAAGGAUUUAACAUUUCUUUCUCUGAGUAUAAUCUUGAGCCUUGUGAAGAUCCUGGGAUCCCACAGUUUGGUAACAGAAUAGGAUUUAAUUUUGGAGUGGGAGACAUUCUGACAUUCUCCUGUUCAUCUGGAUAUCGUUUGGAAGGAUCUUCAGAGAUUAUUUGUCUUGGUGGUGGCCGACGAGUAUGGAGUGCACCUCUGCCAAGGUGUGUGGCUGAAUGUGGAGCCUCCACGACAAAUAAUGAAGGAAUUUUACUCUCCCCCAAUUAUCCUCUUAACUAUGAAAACAACCAUGAAUGCAUUUAUAGCAUUCAGGUACAAGCAGGGAAAGGAAUCAAUAUUUCGGCCAGAACAUUUCACUUAGCCCAAGGAGAUGUUCUUAAGAUAUAUGAUGGCAAAGACAACACUGCUCACCUGUUGGGUGCAUUUACGGGGGCAUCAUUAAGAGGAUUGACACUAAGUAGUACUUCAAAUCAUUUAUGGUUGGAAUUUAACUCAGACUCAGAGGGUACUGAUGAAGGUUUUCAGCUUGUGUAUACCAGUUUUGAGCUUUCACAUUGUGAGGACCCUGGUGUGCCACAGUUUGGAUACAAGAUUAGUGACCAAGGGCAUUUUGCUGGAAGCACUAUAAUUUAUGGGUGCAAUCCAGGUUACACGCUACAUGGAAGUAGCCUUCUGAAGUGUAUGACAGGGGAAAGAAGAGCAUGGGACUAUCCUCUGCCAUCAUGUAUUGCUGAAUGUGGAGGUCGUUUUAAAGGAGAAUCAUCAGGAAGAAUCCUGUCUCCUGGCUAUCCUUUUCCUUAUGACAACAAUCUGCGUUGCAUGUGGAUGAUUGAAGUAGACCCAGGAAAUAUUGUCAGCCUCCAGUUUCUUGCUUUUGAUACCGAGGCAUCACAUGACAUUCUACGAGUUUGGGAUGGACCACCUGAGAAUGAAAUGUUACUCAAGGAAAUUAGCGGAUCUCUUGUUCCUGAAGGCAUCCACAGUACACUCAACAUAGUCACAAUCCAAUUUGACACAGACUUUUACAUCAGUAAAUCUGGAUUUGCCAUACAGUUUUCAAGCUCUGUAGCUACUGCCUGUCGUGAUCCUGGUGUCCCCAUGAAUGGAACUAGAAAUGGGGAUGGAAGAGAACCUGGAGACACUGUCCUCUUCCAGUGUGACCCUGGAUAUGAACUGCAAGGAGAUGAGAGAAUAACCUGCAUUCAGGUAGAAAACCGGUACUUCUGGCAGCCCAAUCCACCAGUCUGUAUAGCUCCCUGUGGAGGAAACUUGACCGGCUCAUCAGGUUUUAUACUGUCACCAAACUUUCCUCAUCCAUAUCCCCACAGCAGAGACUGUGACUGGACUAUCACUGUUAAUAAUGAUUAUGUUAUAUCGUUGGCAUUUAUCAGUUUCAGUAUAGAACCAAAUUAUGACUUUCUUUAUAUCUAUGAUGGGCCAGACACUAAUAGCCCACUGAUUGGGAGCUUUCAAGAUAGCAAGCUGCCUGAGAGGAUAGAAAGUAGUUCAAACACCAUGCAUCUGGCUUUUCGGAGUGAUGGAUCUGUUAGUUUCACUGGUUUCCACCUGGAGUACAAAGCAAAACUGCGUGAAUCUUGCUUUGAUCCUGGGAAUAUAAUGAAUGGAACAAGACUUGGAAUGGAUUAUAAAUUGGGGUCAACUGUCACAUAUUACUGCGAUCCUGGUUAUGUUCUUCAAGGAUAUUCCACACUAACGUGUAUCAUGGGAGAUGAUGGAAGACCUGGAUGGAACAGAGCGCUGCCCAGUUGCCAUGCACCUUGUGGAAGCCGCUCAACAGGCUCUGAAGGCACUGUAUUAUCACCAAACUAUCCAAAAAAUUAUAGUGUUGGUCACAACUGUGUUUAUUCUAUUACUGUUCCAAAGGAAUUUGUGGUUUUUGGCCAGUUUGUAUUUUUUCAGACAUCACUCCAUGAUGUGGUUGAAGUAUAUGAUGGCCCAACUCUGCAGUCUUCUUUGUUAUCCUCUCUCUCAGGAUCUCAUUCAGGUGAAUCCCUUCCAUUGAGCUCAGGUAACCAGAUCACGGUUAGAUUUACUUCAGUUGGACCAGUAACAGCUAAAGGAUUUCAUUUUGUUUAUCAAGCUGUUCCAAGAACAAGUGCAACACAGUGCAGCUCUGUGCCUGAACCAAGAUUUGGAAAACGGAUUGGGAAUGAAUUUGCAGUUGGUUCGCUGGUACUUUUUGAAUGCAAUCCAGGAUAUAUCCUCCACGGGUCAACAGCAAUUAGAUGUGAUACUGUACCAAAUGCAUUGGCACAGUGGAAUGAUUCUCUCCCUACAUGUGUUGUGCCCUGUGGUGGAAUUUUAACAAAGCGUAAAGGGACCAUUUUGUCUCCUGGUUACCCUGAGCCUUAUGACAACAAUCUGAAUUGUGUAUGGAAGAUCACGGUACCAGAGGGAGCUGGAAUUCAAGUAAGUAUACUUGCUAUCUGCUUGCCAGCAUCAUCAUGCUCAAAACUGUUUUUCCUGAUAGGAAAGCCUGAAAAGAUCAUUUAUUCAUACAUUUUUACUAUCUAA